AUGGCGAGACCCCAAAAUACGGCUUUGGCCCGAUCCUAUGCCCUCCCUAAGGUGCACAAAGACGGCGCUCCUCUCCGACCCAUCGUGUCGCUCAAAGGUACUACUACGUACGGACUGACUAAGUGGCUGUUCCGGCGUCUCAAAUUCCUGACCGCUGAGUUAGACACCACGGUCUCUUCGUCAGCAGAAUUCCUGGAGAAACUCAAAGGGGCAAGCCUCCAUCCAAAUGAGGUCAUGAUAUCUUUUGAUGUUACAUCCCUUUUUCCUUCUUUUUCCCAGGACCUGACGAUUGAGAUAAUCGAGCUGCUACCACAAAGCAAAUACGAUGAAACAGAGAAUCAUCUUAGACACGUCCAAAUUCUUCAGCUCCUGAAACUCUGUCUCAGGACGCACUUCACGUUCGACGGGAUAAUCUACGAACAGGUGCAGUGCACACCAAUGGGGUUGUCGAUUUCGGGGUUCAUCACCGAGGCGGUUCUGCAACGGCUAGAGUCGCUGGUCUUCCAACACCACAGACCAAAAUUCUGCGCCCGGUAUGUGGAUGAUACCUUCGUCGUCAUCGAACGGGAUCAGGUGCUGACAUUCCAAGAACAUCUCAACGCCGUCUUCCCCGACAUUCAAUUUACGAUGGAGGAGGAAGAGAACAACCAGCUGGCCUUCCUGGAUGUUUUCGUAUGCCGCAAAGAUUAUGGUGGACUAAAGACCAAAGUGUUCAGGAAAGCGACAUAUACGAUGCAAGUGCUGCACUUCAACAGCAACCAGCCAUUUAGCCACAAAAGCAGUUGUGUAAGGACGCUCCAUCGGCGUGUCGAAACGCACUGCAGUGAGACGGAAGACAAGAUUGCCGAACUACAAUACCUCUGACGAGUCUUCAAAGCCAAUGGCUACCAGCGCAACUUUGUCAACCGAUGCAUACGCAAAGUGGACGAAAGGCCUAACCGCACGGACACCAAAGUUUGGCGAGCGCUUCCAUAUGUCAAGAACGCUUCAGAAGCUGUUGGCCGCCUUCUCGCACCACAUGGGGUUGGAGAUGAACAGAGGCCGGAGGCAAACAUCAGGCGUCAGUUGAUGAAACCAAAAGGCCCACUGCCACGGCAAGGAACGUCUGGAGUCGUUUAUCGGUUAUGGUGCAGUUUCGGACAAAGCAAAUACAUUGGAGAAACCGGAAGACAGCUCCGAACGAGAACGGCCUAACAAGCUGUAGCGGUGUGGAGAAAUGACGCCAGCUCUCGAGUUGCGGCUCAUUCGACGAGAUUCAGCCACAUAUGCAAAUUCGACGAGGCCGAAAUUAUCGAAAGAUGUGACAACCGCGUGAGCCGGGAUCUACUGGAAUCAUGGUUUUCUGGCCCCCAGUCGAUUAACAAGUUCUGCGAACUUCCCCUUCCAUACUCGGUGCUGAGACUUCGCCAAGGCGCAGUAAUUACCCACUGGGGAGCACCCAUGUGAACACUUGUCCCAACACCAGGGUCAGUGCGUCAGAGCAAUCAUCACACCAACAUCCAAUGCACGUGAUGAAAUUGCAGCAAUUAACGACGCAAAUGUCGGCCAUUAAGCUGUCAGCACACCGAGUGCGACGAUCCCGGAUGAGGGGGGGGGGGGAGCCGUAAAUGUUUAUAUGUAUACGGUAGCAUGGCGACUGCAUCCCAUAAAUACUGCAGCCCCUUGUAUGUGAAUCAGCCGUAUCUGCUUUUGUCUCUGAUGAUGGAUUCGAGUAGGAAUCCGAAACGUCAGGCUAAUAAAGCUCUUGUCCCUGCGAUCGUGUCUCCUUCGUCAAGAACUGCUGUAUGUGCAAGGCGUGUUAAUUGUGUUAAUACUGCCGUGCAGUCAGCUCCGUAGAAACACAUGUAACCGAACAAGCCCAUGCAGUGAACGAGUGUGUGGAGACAAUAUAAACACUAAAAGCCAAUGCAGCGAGUAUAAUGUCGGGGGGCUACGGCGCUGCUGCGUCCGUCGCGGUGCGGGGGAUUCGCAGGUGACCGACCAGGCCUGCGUGUGAGGUGAAUGUGCGAUCGUAGUGAGGACAGGUUGGGGCCAAGUCGCAUCGAUGGAGGAGAAGGUGGUGACGGUGAGGGUGGUAGUUGAUGGGAUAUCGGAAACCUUUUGACCGGAAGCAGAAUUAGGGGUUGUGAUAGUCGUCGUCGCCGUGGGGAUUGAGGCAGACAUGAUGGACGUAGAGGUGAUUUACGGCGGUGGGUGCAGGGAUUGGGAGCAGCAGUGGUGAGAGUGGGCACCGUCGUGGAACUCGUGGGUGUUGGUGCAGCUGCGGCUGAUGCGCUGUUGCUGCAUCAAGUCCGGGGAUUUCCGACGAGGCCAAAUGGCGCAACGACGGCAUGCUGGGAAUUAUGAGUUUCUCUCUUGGCUUCCGCAGCGGCGUUUCGGUUGAUUUCACAGAUUGCUGUCCCGGUCCUUACUGCUCUUCUUCCAAAUGAGGUCUUUCCGGGUCUUCGGUUCGAUUUAUAAUUGCUUCAAGGAGUUUUUCAAAGUGUUCUUGUAGCAGCAGGUUCGAUAUAUUUGUCGGUGUGGGGGAACCGGUGAAAAUAUCUCCGUAGAAAAGUUGUUUUUAGGCGCUCAUCAUCGAUCAUCACGAGGUCACCAGUCCGGUCUAGUUGCAAAUGCCUCAACAUGGCGUGGACGUCCAGGAUUCCGGUCCGUUCAAAAAUUUCCGUACCUGGAAUCCUAUCCUGCUGCCUCAAAUUUAGUAUCAGACAGAUGUUAAUGAGGUGGAAGUGAUUGAGCUUGCGCCGCUGUUUCUUGUAGACUGGUCACGUUUCCGCUCCAUGCAGCGGCGUUUUUAAGGUAGCAGUUUUGUAAAUCUUGAUCUUGAUGUUGAGAUUGACAAUGCUGCGAUUUGAUACGGAAUUGCGCAGCCACCUCAAGGCCUGGCUGACUUUCGAGAUCUGGUUAGUCAUUUUAUCGUCAGUUUUGAUGCAGCAUGAUAGCGCAUUACCUAAGUAGGUGAAUGCAACUAGAAUUUUAAUUUGAGAACUACUGACGGCUGGCGUGACCACCAUUCUGUCCGGGGUGAUGGUUGACCGGAAUUUGACGCAGCGGGAAGCGAAGAGUUCCGUGCUCCUUUGCAUAUCCUCAUCGAUCGCAGUGCUGAGGGCUCAGUCGUCUGCGAAGAUCAGAUCAUAGACUGUAGUCGUGGAGAGGCGCAUUGAGGCCUGUAGGCGCCGAAUGUUGAGAAGGUGGCCGUCGGUCACGUAGACGAUGCGGCCCCGGGGCACUCAUCACGGCAGGCGUCCAUCAGUAUAGUAGAAAAUAUAAGGCUUAGGUGGAUUGGGAAAAGUAUGCAGCCCUGCUUCUCUCUUUUAGUCACUGAAAUGUUUCAGAGACGGUCCGUUCCUCCGUGACACUUGCCAUCGUUCCGUCGUGGAGUUGUCUUAUCAUGUGCUGAAAUCGCCAAGUGCUACUGAAUUUUUAAACAAUUUUCCAGAGUCCAUAGCAAUGCAUCGUGUUGAAGGCUUUCAUCAAAUCUGCGAAGGUAGUGUAGAGGUGGAUUCGCAUUUUCUGGCAACUCCUUUGCAGAUGGUGAGCGGAGAAGAUUACGUUGCUGGUACCGCGAUGGCGUCGAAAGUCACAUUGGCUCUUCGAAUAAAGUCUCUGCCCGAGAUGGCCAUUGAACCAUUUGAGGAGGAUGCGUGCGAAGACCUUUCCGGUGACAUUUACCAACAAGGUGUCUCUUCAGUUAUCAAAGAGCUGCCGAUUCCUUUUACAUUUGCGGAGACGAACGAUUGUCGCACCCGUGAAGACCAGAGGAAUUCGUCCUCGGCGCCAAAUCUCCUGGAUGAGUUUUAUGAGUCAGUCCAUUAG